CCUUCUUCUCCACAACCAUCGGUCGACCGAUUGUCAGUUACAUUUGCCGUCAGUAAAGACGAGGAUAAUCAGAGGGAAGGUUGUUCAAAUCAGGCAAGGAAAGAAGACGAUAACGCCGUUGACGUGAAGAAUAGUUCUAAUAUGCAUAGAAUUUCCAUAGCAGAAGAGGAGGGUGACGAGGAUGAAUAUUCCGCUUCAGCGUGUGAGAUUAUGCAACGACGGAGUUCCAGUCGACGACAAAGCAGACGGAGACGUCGCCCAUCCUCUCCCUUCGAAGCUGAGGCUACACUUCGUCGAAGAUCCUCCGUUUACACUAUAAGUUCUGGAGAAACGGCAAUCUCUAUUGAAGAAAUUGGAAGCCAAGAACAGAUAUUUGAAAAGUUGGAGCUGCAUAAAGAAGUGCUGAGUGGUGUGAAACAACAGCCAUGGCCACUUUGCCGGAAGAUCAAAUUAGUACGACAGGCAAAAUCCUACAUUAGAAGGCACGAGGGUGUUCUCCAGGAGAGGCUGGCUCAGACUCGUAGCACGAAAGAUGCCAUUGCUCGAAUUUCACUCUACAUCACGAAAAAAUGGCAGUACUGUCGAAGAGAGUUGGUUAAUCUUCAAACAUGGUUGGUCCCGUGGGAACUUCGUAUAAAGGAGAUUGAAUCGCACUUUGGUUCGGCAGUGGCCUCAUAUUUUACAUUUCUUCGUUGGUUGUUUUGGAUUAAUCUUGUCAUAGCAGCCAUUCUCACUGCUUUCGUGGCCAUUCCCGAGAUGCUAACAGCAGAUCCAGCAGCAGCAGGAGAACGAAAGAUAAUGCUCAAGGAAGAGAAGAUAAAAUCGAAGCACUUGUUGACUCUAUGGGAAUUCGAGGGUGUCUUGAAGUACUCACCGUUCUUCUACGGCUGGUACACGAAUCAAGACUCACGAAGCGGUUACAGAUUACCUUUAGUUUAUUUCGUCACGAAUUUGGUCGUUUAUAUAUACAGUUUCGUCACCAUAUUACGCAAAAUGGCAGAAAAUUCUCGACUGAGCAAACUCACAGAGAAAGAGGACGAAUGCGUGUUCUCUUGGAAGUUAUUCACGGGAUGGGACUUUAUGAUUGGCAAUACUGAAACUGCAUACAAUAGGACGGCGAGCAUUGUUCUUGGAUUUAAAGAAGCUUUGUUAGAGGAAGCUGAAAAAGAGAAAGAUGAAAGGAAUUGGAAGGUUAUAUCAAUGAGGAUCUUUGUAAAUAUAUGUGUGAUUUCGUUGUUGGGACUGUCGGCAUAUGCUGUGGUAAAGAUGGUUGCACGAAGCUCCGAAGAAUUUGAACAGAAUAAUUGGUGGCGUCAAAACGAAAUUACAGUCGUGAUGUCCUUGAUCACAUAUGUGUUCCCGAUAUUUUUCGAGAUAUUAGGAUUACUGGAAAGCUACCACCCCAGGAAACAAUUACGUUUGCAGCUGGCACGAAUCAUGGUACUGAAUUUAUUGAAUCUUUAUUCCUUAAUAUUUGCGUUGUUUGAGAAGAUUGACUCAAUGACGCAAGAUUUAAGAGAGCUUCAACCAACAAUUACAAAUUGCACGUACAAACUCAUUAAGUGUGAUGAUAGUCCGAAGCAAUCGCAACAGUUAGCGACGUUAGCAUCUUUGAGUUUAGUCCUGGCAAGUAAUGUCACUGGAAUGCAGAAUAAGACUGAAAUUCUCGAAACGACACUGCCACAACUCUCGUUCAUGCCACCAAACUUUUACUUAAAUCCGAUUCUCGAUGACAAAUCCCUGGAAGAGAUAUACAACGUCGAAGAUUACUCUCCUCUGGAUUACACGUACGAUAAUUACGAUGAUAUUACAAAAAACGAGCUGAACAGAUCUAGUUUCAUCGAAAAUAUAACUAAAGAAAUGAAUUUUACAACGCAAAUGCUUCAACAAAAUGACACAUCCGAUGCUACCACUUUUACAACAUUUGAAAAUUUCACUGACACCAUAGAUUUAAGUGAAGGAAUUGAUAUUGCUUCUACGACUAGUAAUUUUUUUAACGAAUCUACAGUUUCUAAUGAAACAACACAGGAGAGAGACCAUAAUACAAGUACAAAUACAGAUACUGUCUCAAGUACUAUUACUGAGCACUUAAAUGAGACUUCUUCUAUAAAGGCGGAGGAUUUUACUAUGUCUUUACCUGUAGAAGAAAGUAACACAUCUGACGAGUAUUUAACUACAGCAUUCAAUACAAACACUAAAUCUUCGGUUAUCACGACUGAACUUACCAAAGAACCUAAUAUAGAAACAACUGAUAAAAUUUCUACUAUUGAUCAUUACCAAGGUGUGAUUCCUCUUGCAGAAAAAGACUAUAUUGUAAAGUGUUUCGAACAGAUAUGUAAUACUACGCAGGAUACAAUUUCUUCAUCGAAGUUAGAAUUAAAAACUCGAAAGAAGCUUCGUCGUUUGUGCUGGGAAACGAUGUUUGGACAAGAGCUUGCCAAACUCACCGUAAUGGACUUGGUACUUAGUAUAGUAACCACGCUUAGUAUAGAUUUCAUUCGUGCAGUUUUUGUACGAUAUAUGAACAGUUGUUGGUGUUGGGACCUGGAAAAACAAUUUCCUCAAUAUGGGGAUUUCAAAAUUGCUGAGAAUAUACUUCAUUUAGUAAAUAAUCAAGGAAUGAUUUGGAUGGGGAUGUUCUUCAGUCCAGGAUUAACUACACUGAACCUUUUAAAACUUGGAAUUCUUAUGUACUUAAGAUCCUGGGCUGUCCUUACCUGUAAUGUGCCUCAUGAAGUCAUAUUUCGAGCCUCUAGAUCCAACAACUUUUAUUUCGCCCUAUUGUUAACAAUGUUAUUUUUAUGUGUUCUACCUGUUGGUUACGCCAUAGUUUGGCUUGAACCAUCCUGGCACUGUGGUCCAUUUUCUGGUUACAAAAAAAUUUAUUAUGUAGCGACCAAACAGCUUACUGAUUCUCUUCCUGAUCCAAUUAAAAGAUGCCUUGAUUACAUUGCUUCACCUGGCAUAGUAAUUCCAUUAAUUGUUCUUAUGACACUUAUUAUUUAUUACAUGGUCUCAUUAACUGGCUCAUUGAGAGAAGCUAAUAAUGACUUGAAGAUACAACUGCGUCACGAACGUACUGAAGAACGUAGGAAAUUAUUUAAGAUAGUGAAGAAGAGAGAAGAAUUGUCCGACUUGUCCUUUCUAAAAUGGAAAAGAAUGUUACCAAUUUUAUCUAAGAAAUCUACAAAAACAAGAGCCAAAGAUGAUGUAGAAAUUGCAAGAACAGACGUGAAUGAAAGGAAAUGUUCAGCCUCGGAAGUGAUAGAGUUAACAGAUAUGGAGCAGGAUGUGAUACCACAGGAUCAGGCACAAGUUUCUGAAAACAAUUACGAUGAAAAAGCACCAAUUAAUAGCAGGUUGACGAGAAUUUCUUACGAUUCUUGGGAAUCACAAUCCAGUGACUGUGCCGUGAUACCAGAGAUUCGCAUAAACGAAGCUGAAGGAAAGUCGGAGUGUCAUUCUCGAUCAGCUUUUAGAAAAAGUCACAAUGUAAGUGAAAAGAAAUGAAUAAACGGUUAAG